AUGGGUAACAUUGUCUCAAUAUCCCUGCCAAGCGAUCCCAUUUUUGAUUCUUCCUGCUGGGGUCCCCUUAUUCAACCACCAAAAUACAUAAGGAGGCUGAAAAAAAACCUCGAAGCUCUGGAUCGUUCUUUUCGAGAACUGACCGCUUUGAAGGUUGAUGUAUUGAGAAAGGUUGAGGUUGCAGAGCUGCAGAGAUCCAUGAAGCGAUUGAACCAGGUACAACUGUGGAUUGAAAAGGUGGAAAAGAUUGAGAAUGAAGUCGCAGAAGUCAAGCGUGGUCGAGUUCAAGAAAUUCAGAAAUUGUGUUGCGGAGCUUACUGCUCAAAAAACUACUUGUCCAGCUACAAGUACGGAAAAAAAGUGUAUAAAAAGCUGGCAGAAGUCGAUGAUUUAAAGAACAAGGGUAUUUUUGCGGAGGUCGCAGAGGAAACCUUCCCGGCAACUUUAGUCCGUGAAAGACCUAUGGAACCAACUGUUGGCAUGGAAUUUGUGUUUUAUAAGGUUUGGAGCCAGCUAGAAGAUGAACAUGUGGGAAUAAUUGGAUUGUACGGGAUGGGAGGGGUGGGUAAGACUACCCUACUGACCCAAAUCAAUAACAAAUUGCUCCAUGCUGAUUUUGAUCUCGUGAUAUGGAUUGUGGUAUCCAAGGACCACAAUGUUGAAACUGUCCAAGAUAAGAUUGGUGACAAGAUUGGGUUUUCCAGCAACUCGUGGAAACAAAAACAGCAGUCAGACAAAGCUGAACACAUCUGCAGGCUAUUGAGCAAGAAGAAGUUUGUGUUAUUGUUCGAUGAUAUAUGGGAGCCUAUUGAAAUAACCAAAUUAGGGGUUCCUAUUCCUAACCCGCACAACAAGUCUAAAAUAAUCUUCACCACUCGUUCGGAGGAUGUAUGUGGUCAGAUGGAUGCUCAUAAGAAGAUUAAAGUGGAGUGUUUGGCAUGGGACAAAGCAUGGAACUUGUUUCAGGAGAAGGUUGGGAGGGAAACACUUGGUAUUCACCCAGAUAUUCAACGACUUGCUCAGACUGUUGCAAAAGAGUGUGGAGGUUUGCCACUCGCACUAAUUACUGUUGGUCGGGCCAUGGCUUGCAAGAAAACAACUCAAGAGUGGAACCAUGCGAUUCACAUUCUGAAAAAAUCCGCGCACGAGUUUUCAGGUAUGGAGGAUAAGGUGUUCCGUCUUUUAAAAUUUAGUUAUGAUAAUUUAGCCGAUGAGAAGGUCAGAUCUUGCUUCUUAUAUUGUGCUCUAUAUCCAGAAGAUUUCUUCAUAUUUAAAGAUGAUUUAGUAUAUCUUUGGAUGUGUGAGGCAAUGUUGGACGAAUAUGGGAGUGUAGAGGAAGCAAAAAACAAGUGUUACGAUAUUAUAGGAACUCUUGUUGCUGCAUGUUUGUUGGAAGUUAACUUAGAUAUGGUAAAGAUGCAUGAUAUGAUUCGUGACAUGGCAUUGUGGUUAGCUCGUGACUGUUCAAAAGAGAACGACAGUUUCCUUGUCCAUACAAGUGCCCAAGCAGCGCCGGAUGUCAAAAAAUGGAAAACCGCAACAAGGGUGUCGUUGGUAGAUAAUCAUAUUGAAAGUAUCGUUGAAACACCAAAAUCUACCCAGUUGUUGACCUUAUUGAUUCAAGGAAGUUAUAUUAGCAGAAGUCCUCUCAAUAUGAUUGUUGAUGGCUUCUUCGAUUACAUGCAUAAACUGCGAGUUUUGGAUUUGUCUAGAAAUGAGAAGCUAACCCAAUUGCCAUCUGGAGUUUCAAACCUGAUUGCCUUACAGCAUCUGAAUUUGUCUAGGACUGGUAUAAGAGAAUUGUCGAUCGAAUUGAAGGCCUUAGUGAGGCUAAAAUAUUUGAACUUGGAGUAUACAAAUCAACUUAAUUUUGUUCCACCAGAACUAAUAUCAAAUUUUCACAUGCUAAAAGUUCUGAAAUUGUUCGGCUGUAGUUCUUCAGACAGAAUUCUUUUUGGUGGUGAAAGAGCCCUGAUAGAGGAAAUCGAGGGUUUGAAACACCUUGAGGUAUUUACUUUGUGCAUACGAAGUAGCUAUUGUUUCAAAAAAUUGUUCAGCUACAACAUAAUAGUGACCAGCACUCAGUAUCUACACCUCUCGGAUGGCAAGAACUACUCAAGCGUUCUAGAUAUAUCAUCUCUGGCGGACAUGAAACAUCUUCGUGGCCUUCAUAUUGAUGAAUAUCCUAACCUGGAAGAAUUGGAGAUUUAUUGGGCAGGACAAGAUCCUAAUGAUCCUCGGAACGCGAUGAUGAGAAACCAAAGUCGCUUCUGUGGCCUUGAGUACGUAGAUGUAUGCCGGUGCCCAAAUCUCAAGGACCUGACAUGGCUCGUUUUCGCGUCCAAUCUCAGAAUCUUAGAAGUGCGUGACUGCUCUGGGAUGGAGAAAAUAAUCGAUUUGGAAAGAUUUGGUAGAAUGGCAGGUGCGGUGAAAGAACAAAAUGCUUUCGCAAAACUUACAGAUCUGCAUUUGGAUUCACUACCGCGGCUAAGGAGCAUAUAUGGCAAUGCCUUACCAUUUCUGCAUCUCAACCAAAUCUUGGUAUAUGAAUGUCCGGCGUUGAAGAAGCUGCCACUCAACUCUACCAGUGCCGAACGAUGUAAUCUCAUUAUCAGGGGACAGAAAGAGUGGUGGAAUGGCUUAGAAUGGGAGGAUGAAGUUUCUAGAAGUGUUUUUCUUCCCUACUUCUUGUUAGAAUUCGGAGAGGUUCUCAGAACAGAUUUCAAAGAAACUGAUUUGGGGGAAUUUUCAGAUCAUCUAUUAUUCUUCUCCGCAAGGAGGAAAUAUAUAUUGUACAAAGACUUGUAA